AUGCCUGCCUCGAACUCCUCCGCCUCCCCCUCGACCAACGGUCGUUCCGGCCGGUCCAUUGUCCUCAAGCUCCCGUCUAGUCUGCUAGCUCGCUUCCCCAGCUCCAGCACGCCGUCUGAGGACAAGGACAGGCCGAAGGACAUGUCAUCGCCGCCCUCGUCCACCUCCGGUGACGCCGUGCCUCCCGCCUCGUCCGUCGACAAUGCCUCCGACGCACCCUCUACCCCUGCUGGAGCAGAUGGGGCCCGCAGGAAAGGGAUGCCAGGACCCAAGCCCGGAAACAAGAGAGGUCUCACCCAGAACGGCGAUCUGGGGCCCAAGCCAAGAGGCAAGCCGGGUCCGAAAAAGAAGCCCAGACUGGACGAUGGAACGGUUGAUACCACCAGACUCGCUCCGACUACACACAAACUGGGCCCCAAGGCCAACCAGGGCGCCAUCAAUGCCGGCCUGCGCGCUCUCGACCGGAGUGGAACGCCGUGUCGCCGGUGGGAGCGCAAGCCGUUCCAGUUGAAGAGCUUCACCGGUGUCGUCUGGGAGCUCCCGACCUGGCGUGCUCCUAAACCACAGAAGUCCGACAAGCCCAACGGGGAAGCCAAAGAGGGUAUUGUCGAGAACGGAGACAGCGACAGCAAGGCCAACCAAACUGGCAGCGCCGCGCCCAGUGAGAAGAGCAACCUCGGUGACGGGGACCUCACCCCGCUGCCGGCGAGCGUGACAGACUCACCGGCACCUACUAUCACCAUGGCCGCAUGA